AAGUAAUAAUUAUUGCGUUACUUUGAUAUUUCAUCGCCAUGAGUAAACGUAUACGAUAAAAAAGGAAUUAAAGAUUUAGGAAAAUUUCCCGACGAAGAUCGUUGGAAAUUUCCUGACUUAGAUGACACUUCAAUGUUAUGUGUGCGUUGUCGACUCCGUGUCAAAGAAUAUAUUCCGCCGGCAUCAGAGGAAGAGGAAAUUAUUUCAAGUCAAAUUAGUGUUGAAAGUCUGAGUAUAUCAGCUGAAAUUUGUACUCAAGGAAGCAGUUUAUCUCGAACUGUCAGUAAUUUUAGCGACAAUCUAUGUGAUUACAAUGAUCAUUCUUUAGAGCGAUUUUUGAAAAUUCCUCUUAUUGAAAAAGACAGGUUAUAUUCUGAAAAAAAUUAUGGAGUAAAAAAACUUGAUGAGAGCUAUGCUGCCCUAGAGAAUAAGUUCCAAUCACAAUUUGGAAUAGUACCUGAAUCUACCUACAGAAAGAUUAAUCAAGAUCAUUGUUCCAUGAUAGCUAAAGUGAAGAAAUUAUAUAACGCUGAAAGUGACAAAUCAAUAAAAAAGAAGCUGCUUUCAAUUUUACCCGACAGUUGGGAAGUCAGUCGUAUAGCAUCUGAAUUUAACUGUUCUCGAAAAAUGAUACUGAAUCUUAAAAAUGAUAUCAGUGAAUCUGAGAAUGUUGAUUUAGACUCUGGUGAAAUGACUACUAAUACUUUGAAUCCCACAAAAGUUCCAGGCAAUCAGCCGCUUAAGUUAGAUGUAAAAAAACUUGUCAUUGAUUUUUAUGAAAGCGAAGAAAACUCAAAACAAUUAGCGGGCAUGAAAGAUUUUAAAUCUGUGAAGGAUUGUGAUGGAAAUCGAACUAGGGUACAAAAAAAGUUGAUUCUUUGUAAUUUAAAAGAAUUGUACCAAAGCUUCAAAGCGCAAUAUAAUUCAGUGGCAAUCGGAUUUUCUAAAUUCGCUAGUUUGAGGCCUACUUAUUGUAUUCUUGCUGGAAGUAGUGGUACACAUGUCGUAUGUGUUUGUACUAUUCAUCAAAAUGUAAAAUUGAUAUUAGAAAGUACUUGUGUAUUUGACAUUCUCUAUAAUUGUACUAAAACUAGUUAUUAAUCUUA